UAAAACAACCAAAUUGGUUUUUGAAUUGUUUGAGAAAGUUGUUUUCAAUCUAAUUGUUUUCAUGCUUAGUUGAGCGCUAAUGAGCAAUAACAAUUACAAUUAGUUUGUUUUCGUCGAAUCAUCGGUGAAGAUGUCUUAACAUUGCUUAUUUUAUUUGAGUUUUUCAGCGUUUGGUUAUUGAUUAAAUUUUAAUAAAAAUCUGAAUAUAAUGUCUUUGUUAAGAACAAAUUUUUGCGUUCUUCAUUUAUUGUUCUUGUGGGUAUCCACUUUAGCAAAUGAAAAAGGAACUUCAUUUCAAUUACAGCAACAUAAUGUACCAAUGUCAAUUGAUGUUAUUGAUUUAAAACCUACUGAUAACUCCGAUAAACACAACAAAUGGCUUGGUAGGUAUUUACCUGACCGUUCAAAUGGAGAAAACUAUGGUAGUAUUUCAAGAAUUAUUACAGAAAACGAAGAUUUUGCUGUGUAUAGUGCCCCGAAACAAAAGAAAAACUUGGUGACAAUGGGAUCUAUGGAUAUAAAUUCUACGUGUGACGAUGGAAAGACGAAUUUGACAAGAGAUUGGGAUGGAUCAUUUUACAAUUAUACAUGCAUGCUGAAAGAUUUUUUACCAGUAUCUGAUAUUCAACCAUUAUUGGAUAGAGAUCUCGUUCCUAAAUAUUAUGUGGCUAAUCACGUAUGCAUGAAAGAAUCAAUAUCUUACAAUCAUGAUAUUCCCUCAUUUGGUUCACAUCGUCCUGCUUGGGCCAAAUACGGCGAAUAUAAAUUUUUACCAAAACAGAGAUGGUUACACAAUUUAGAGCAUGGAUCAGUUGUAAUGUUGUAUCAUCCAUGCACUCAUCCAGUUUUAGUUCAACGUAUGCGAAUAGUUUUAAAGUCUUGUCUUUUCAGACAUAUUAUUACUCCAUAUAAUUUAGUGCCUGAAGAUCGGCCAAUUGUGCUUGUCACUUGGGGUAAUAGACUGUACAUGAAUGACGUGGAUACAAAACUAGCAAUUGAUUAUAUAAAAAAAUAUGCAAAUCAUGCUAAGGAAACUACAGCCAGGGAUGGACAGUAUGAUCAUUUAUUGAUUGAAGCAGCAGAAUUAAUUUCACCUGAUGAUAUAAGUAUUUGCCCAACCCCACACAAGCGCAAAAAUAGAAUUUAAUAUAUGUUACAUUAACUUUAAUAUAAUAUAACAUCUUAAAUGGAUAACCUAUUCAUAUUUUUCAAACUAUUAUUUUAGAGACACAAGUAUAUUGUUUAAUAUGUUUUGUAUUUUAAUUAUUUAAA